AUGGCUUAUGAGAAGGUUUGGCUUGAUAGACUGGUUAGUAAGACAGCAAAAGAGUUUUCUCAAUUAUUCCACACACAUGAGAGGAAAGCUUUGCUAGUGAACAACCAGACACGAGAAGCAACUAAGGCCCGACAUUCUCGCCGUAUUCCAGAGAGUGUGGACUGGCGCACAGCUGGUUACGUUACCUCCCCAAAGUACCAGGGUCAGUGCAACGGUUGCUGGGCAUUCAGUGCCACUGGGGUGCUGGAGGGGCAGUUGUUUAAGAAGACGGGCAGACUCAUUGCCUUGAGUGAACAGAACCUCAUUGACUGCUCAAGGAGUCAUGGAGCUUUCGGAUGCAGUGGUGGCUGGUCUUUGAAUGCCUUUGACUAUGUCCGUGAGAAUGGGGGAAUUGAAGCUGAGUCCACCUAUGCGUACACUGCAAAGGAAGGCAAAUCUUGCAAAUACAAUGCUUCUAACAGUGUGGUUUCUGUCUCGAGUUAUAAAACACUUCCAUAUGGAGAUGAAGAAGCUUUGACCAGAGCAGUGGCUGAAAUUGGACCUAUAGCCGUGGUGAUUGAUGCAGGCCUGGAAUCUUGGCAGUUUUACAGCUCAGGUGUUUAUUACGAUCCCAGGUGCAGGACUAACACCUUUAACCACGCUGUACUUGUGGUGGGAUAUGGCAUUCAAUCAGGAAUGAAGUACUAUAUUGUUAAAAAUAGCUGGGGACAACACUGGGGCCAAUCUGGCUACAUCCUGAUGGCCAGGGGAAGGAGCAACAGCUGUGGAAUUGCAAGUUUCCCUAUUUAUGCCCUUGUCUAA